CGUCAGGAAUCAAACGUCGUUGUGCUUUUUUCGGUUCAUGUUUAGACAAUCUCAAUGGACAUGAUACCGAACAUCAACGGACAGGAAUAGCUAGCAAGUUCGCUGUCAUCGCAGUGUGUAUAAAAAUGUCUAAUAUGUUACAUGCAGCGUCAAAUGUGAAAUGGAAUCAGUCUACUGCGGCGAAACGGGCAGCCUUUUUUGUGGCCGCUGCCUAUGGGGUAAAAACGCUUUACCCCAUCAUCUGCAGACAGAUAAACAAACGGAAAGACUUAAAGACCCCGACUGCAAGAGAUGGAGAGGAAAACGGGUUGAUUCUACCAUCAGCAGCCGAGGCAGCACCAAGCAAAAGGUCCCCCGCUGUAAACGCAGAAUUCUUCAAUCAAAUUCUGGAACUCGUAAAAAUACUAUUUCCAAAGCUUGUAACCAAAGAACUCGGUUUGCUCUGUCUGCAUUCAGUCGCUCUUGUGUCCAGGACUUUUCUGUCUAUUUAUGUGGCAGGAUUGGAUGGCAAGAUUGUAAAGACUAUCGUGGAGAAACAACCGCGGAGCUUCGUCUUCAAAUUGAUGAAAUGGCUUCUGAUAGCCAUCCCGGCCACAUUCGUGAACAGCGCAAUUCGUUAUCUGGAGUGCAAGCUUGCCCUGGCCUUUCGCACGCGCCUUGUUGACCACGCAUACAGAACAUAUUUCACGGACCAGACCUAUUAUAAGGUCAGUAAUAUGGAUGGGAGGCUGGCCAACCCGGACCAGUCCCUCACGGAGGACAUCAUGAUGUUUUCGCAGUCUGUGGCACAUUUGUACUCAAACCUCACCAAACCCAUCCUUGACGUGAUGCUUACUUCCUACACACUCAUACAAACAGCGAGGUCUCGGGGAGCCAAUGCCAGCGGACCGACCCUGCUGGCAGGGCUCGUGGUGUUCGCCACCGCGAAGGUCUUGCGGGCUUGCUCCCCCAAAUUUGGGAAACUGGUGGCAGAGGAGGCGCACAGGAAAGGAUAUCUACGUUAUGUGCAUUCACGAAUCAUUGCCAAUGCUGAAGAGAUAGCUUUUUACAGGGGGCACACGGUGGAGAUGCGGCAGCUGCAGAAGUGCUACAAGGCUCUGGCGGAGCAAAUGAACCUCAUUUUAUCCAAGCGCCUGUGGUACAUUAUGCUGGAGCAGUUCCUUAUGAAGUACGUGUGGAGUGGAAGUGGCCUCGUCAUGGUGGCUGUGCCAAUCAUCACCGCUACCGGCUUUGCGGACAAUGAGCUUGCGGAUGGGCAAACACAGGUGCUGGUCAGCGAGAGGACGGAAGCCUUCACCACGGCACGCAACCUCCUGGCCUCCGGAGCCGACGCCAUCGAGAGGAUCAUGUCUUCCUACAAAGAGAUCACAGAGUUGGCCGGGUACACGGCCCGCGUGCACAACAUGCUACGGGUGUUCAGCGAGGUGCAGAAGGGGCAGUAUAAGCGCUCCACAGUAUCCCAGACCCCUGCAGGAGAGGAGAAGGGUGCAGCCAAGCCUGAGAUGCACAUCGAUGGCCCUCUGGAGAUGAGAGGAAAAGUUAUUGAUGUGGAUAAGGGAAUUGUGUGUCAGAGUGUCCCCAUAAUCACACCUAAUGGGGACGUGGUCGUGUCAAGCUUGAAUUUUGAGGUGGAGGAGGGGAUGCACCUCCUCAUCACAGGGCCCAAUGGCUGUGGGAAGAGCUCUCUGUUCCGGAUCCUGAGUGGGCUGUGGCCUGUGUACGGAGGCCUGCUGCACAAACCACCCCCACAGCACAUGUUCUACAUCCCCCAGAGGCCGUACAUGUCUAUUGGAUCGCUGCGAGACCAAGUCAUCUACCCAGACUCAGUGGAGGACAUGCGGAAGAAGGGUUGUGGUGACCUAAACCUGGAGAGCAUCCUAAACAUCGUCAACCUCAACCACAUCGUCACCCGUGAAGGAGGCUGGGAUGCAGAGACCGACUGGAAAGACGUUCUGUCUGGGGGAGAGAAACAGAGAAUGGGGAUGGCCCGCAUGUUCUACCACAAGCCAAAGUACGCCCUGUUGGAUGAGUGCACAAGUGCUGUCAGCAUCGAUGUGGAGGGGAAGAUAUUCCAAGCAGCAAAAGAUGCUGGGAUCUCCUUGUUGUCAAUUACACACAGGCCCUCUCUUUGGAAGUACCACACACACCUGCUCCAGUUUGACGGGGAGGGGGGCUGGCGCUUUGAGCAGCUGGACACAGCCACCCGACUCUCCCUGACCGAGGAGAAGCAGCGCCUGGAGACACAGCUGGCCGGCAUUCCCAAGAUGCAACACAGACUGAACGAGCUCUGUAAGAUACUGGGCGAGGACUCCGUCCUCAAGACCACUGACCCUGAGGAGUGAGAGAGGGAACAUAGAGUGUAAAAAUGAGUGAGAGAAACAGGAACAAGCUGACAGAUUCUUGAGUCAAGUAUUAUUCACCCCUUCAACGCACAGAAACUUGUUACUCUUCCCGUUUUAAAGUCUUAAUUAUGUUUUAUUAAUUUAGAAAAACAAAUGUGGUCAGAUCUUUAACAUCAGCUGUAAUUUUAAAAUGCAUUUAUUUAUUUGACCAGAAAAUAUGGUAACCUAAUUCCUCACUUUUUAGCACUUUAUAUCACCUUUUCACGAAACUCUGUUCAGUUCCUUUGAUGAAUCCUAUGAAUGUUAUUGUACAAUUUUGUGUUUUAAAGUACUAUGAAUAUUUAAUAUUUUUUCAAAAAUGAGGUCAAAGCAGAUAGCCAUUUUAUGUGUGAGAUGCAGUAUUUAAUUUAAACUGUGUAGUGUUUUUUUGUUUUGUGUCCAUUUGUCAUUUUAAGAGAAUGUUUACAAAAUCAAUGCCUCGUGUAGAAAUAUGGAGACCCUUAAUGACCUGCCCUGUUUUAGUCCUUACCACACAUGCUUAGAUAGCUUAAGUGCUACUGCUGUAAAAAGACUACCAAUUUAAAAGAAAAUGGUUUGCACUCAAAAAGAAUGCUACAAUGCUUUAAAAAAAAGAUAUUUCUAUAUUGGUUUUACUUCAGUGCGAGAUCAUGUACAAACGUGUUGGCAUGUUGCCUUCUUCAGUGUGCAGGUACAACAACAGCAGACAUUCCAGCUUAUGGUACCUGCUCAAAAUAAGAUGGAAUGUCUGAAUUGUACCUGCACACUGAAGAAGGUAACAUGCUGAAACGUUUUUUUUAAUGAAAAAAUAUUUCAUAAUCCAGAUUGACUUACCAAUGAACUUUACAUUUAUAUAUGUAUUGCUUUUGGCAGGACAUGAAACAGAGCACAUUAAUAAGGGUGACUGUAUUUUCUCAUAGUGGCGCAGUACGGGAUGCAUCUGUGUGACUUUGAAUUACCAUAGGGGCAGGAUCAAAUCUAUCAACAUAAAACUCCCAACAAAUAUGGUUGAAAUGUGAUCAAACUCUAGUCUUCUGCCUUGUGUGGACCAGUACUACACUGCGGCCUGUAUACUGAACACAGGUGUGGUCAAGGUCAUGGUGGCUGGUUGGCAUAGGGGCAUUUGGUGUCUUGAUAAAUCUAUCCUUGGUUGUUGGAUCUGGACAUUCUUAUAAUUACUCAAUUAUUAUACUUACAGUAAUUGCUUUCAGUGAAAUAUUAGCAAAUUCCUUGGUGUCAGAAAACAUCUACUUAAUAGAAAUAUGAUAUUUGUAUAUCAUAUUUGUUUUGGGAGGGGGGUUUCUUUGUCUCUUUUUCUGGAGUGUGAGCUGACUAUACUGAAGGGCAUUUGGAAAAAACAUUGUUGAAAUGGAGCAGUGUUUGAUUUCUUCAUGAUUCUGGUGGAUAGCACUGUUACGGGUUCCAAGACAAUCUACCUCUGCAUGAAUUGGCAGGCGAGACAACGUUAAGGGAGGAUUUGACUUUGUGUUACACACAUCCCAUGCUGUUCCAGCUACAUGCUUCAUUUCAUAGCCAUAAUCAUUUGCACAUAGCAGCUAGUUUAGCUCAUGCGACGCACACAUUCAUCUACUGUACAGUCUCACCGCCAUCAUAGCUCUAGCCAUCUUGAUGACUGUUAGAGUUCUUCAGACACAGUGGCUGAAAAUCUCAGAAUGCAUGCUGAACAAACACAAUGGGUAUGUUUACAUGCACACUCCUAUUCCAAUAUUAUUCCAAAUAAGGCAAUAUUUUGAAUAAGAUAUGGGUCGUAUAAGUGCAUUUACAGAUAAACUGAUUGCAUAUUCCCCUUAUUGCGAAUAUUACGUGACAAAAAUCAGGUUAUUGGAACACUAUUUGGGCAUGUACACAGCUUAUUCAGAAUAUCCAUCUCAAUCAGGCUUCUCAGUAGCCAUGUAAAGCCAUCAGAAUAUUGUCUUAUUCUAAAUAAUGGCAAUAACCAGAAUAUUGUGUGUAUGUAAACAAACUGACUGAUCUCAGAAUUUUGCAGAUCCCUGUCCUAUUAACCACAGACUCCUCAUGAGCUGAGAAUUAUGGUUAUAACUAACAUUUUUGACAAAAAUAGUUUUGUGUUGUUUAUAGGGCACUAAAUACAUGUGUGAAGUUUUAUACAAAAAUACUGUUUAAAAUGUUACAUUUAAAAGUUGUAUCUUAUCUAGUCGUAAUGCUUAGAGCCCAUUCACUUUGGAAUCUUUGAAGCUCAAUAUUUCAAAACUAUUCAGAACGUCCUCCUGGAGCCUACAAUACCAUCCUCUAUUGGUGACCACAACAGUCUGUACUGAAGGAUUAUCAUGCUUACUAGAACCUGUGUGUAUAUCUGUCUUAUGUAAGGAAUUUUCAUCAACUGUGUGUUGUACUCCAUAUAAACAUCUGAAUAUUUAAACCUUUGACAGUGAUGUAGCAUCUCAUACAGUGCAGCACGUAUAUAUUUGGAUAGAUAUUUCUGUUCUUUUGGCUCUGUUGUCCAGCACAUUGGAUUUGAAAUGAAAUAAUCAAUGUGAGGUUAAAGUGCAGACUGUCCACUUUAAUUUGAGGGUAUUUACAUCCAUAUUGUGUGGUGUGUAGGAAUCACAUCCCUUUUAUACAUAGUCCCCACCAUUUUAGGGGACCAAAAGUAAUUGGACGGUUGGCUUCUCAGCUGCUUCUGAAUAGUCAGGUGUAUUCAAUUGCUUCCUUACUGCAGAUACAAGAAAGCUUACAGUAUCUAGUCUUGAGUCAAGGCUUUUGAUUGCCUUUGGAGUCUGUUAUUGGCAUUUGGCACAACUCUUGGCCUCAUGUUGACAAUGCCAGUCAAGUAAGCCAUUAUGAAAUAAAAAACAGCCAGAGACACAGGCUAAACAAUAGGCUUUCCAAAAUCAACUCUUUGGAACAUCAUUAAGAAGAAAGAGAGCACUGGUGCUUGGGAUCAUUGUCUUGCUGUGGGAUGAAGCACUGUCCAGAGUUUAGAGGCAUUUGAUUGAACUUGAGCAGAUAAGGUGCUUCUGCAGACUUCAGAAUUCUGCUGCUUUCAGCAGUUACAUCAAUGAAGGCAAUCAGCACCUGUGGCUGGCAUACAUGUCCAAACUAUAAUACCCCUACCACCACGUUUCACAGAUGAGGGGGGUGCUCUGGUUCAUGGGCAGUUCAUUUUGCCCUCCACACUUUGCUCUUGCCAUCACUUUGAUAUUCUUGGUCUUAUUUGCAAACCUUUUUCCAGAACUCUCCAGGUAUCUCUUGGCAAGCUGUUGGCCACCCUGUUUUGGCAACAUACUAGGGUUUUGCAUCUUGCCUCUGUAAAUCUGUAGCCUCUGUCUUCUGCGGAGAGUAGUCACUGACACAUCCAUACUUGCCUCCUGAAGAAUGUUUCUGAUUGGUCGGACAGGUGCUUGGGUUCUUCAAUAUGAUGAGAAUUCUUUGGUUAUCAACUGUCUUGGCCUACCAGCCUCAGUGUAGAAUCAAGACUAUCUUAUCUUAUCCCUGGACUAAGGAAGCAAUUGAAUACACUUGACUAUUCAGAAGUAGCUGAGAAGCCAAAUACAUACGGACUGCACUGUAUGUGAAGAAAUGUUCAGAUGUUUUCAGUGACAAACACAUACUGACUUCUCGGUCUGCAUGGAAACAUUACAAAUGCAACAUUAUCCUUUUAAAUGGAUAUGUUACAGGUGCACUCUGGUGAAAAUAUAUAAUCCAAUAUAUUGUGCAAUAUGCAUGAAACUGUUGCCCAUUUAGUUCAAAGCUGGAUGCCCUCUCGUCUUCUCGUGAUGUCACUAGGUCUAAGACUGCUGCAAGUUUGUGGGAGGAAACAAUAAGUUAUCCAAACAAACCAAUUUUGCCUGAUUUCUUAGACAAUUUAGUUGGGUCCACUAUGUGUGUAAUAGAUAUUUAGUUGUCAUGUCCCAUUAAGUAGCAACUCAGAGGUUGUCUUAGUUUCAUCUGCAGUUGGGGUGAAGGUUUUCAGUUAUUGGUUAAUUGCUCUAUGGAGGACAUACCUCAGACAUAAAGAUAUUUCACAGACAGAAUAUCAAAUUAUAUAGUCGGCAACAGGAGCAACCCCUUAAACAUUGACAUAUGACAGAAUCCAGUGCAGUUUUUUGUGUGGUUUUGCAGAGUGUAUAGUACAUUGCAUCUGCAGCUACUGUAUGUGAGUAUGUAGGAACUGAAUUCACCUGAAUUGCGGCAUAGUCUUAUGCUCCCAAGCGUUCUCAGGCUUUCUAAUCAGCACUGCUCCUUUUAUAGAUGGGGAAACAAUUUGUUUGACAAUAGAACAAACAAACCCAGUAGACCCACAGAGCAACAGCAAAUAUAUUGUACAUGGGACUGCAGCAUGUUACUACUGCCAUGUCCUGUUGCAUUUUGAUCGCAUUGCAACUUUGUUUAGUUUUUAUGUUCAUGUUGUUUUGAAAUUUUACCACUGAAAUUCCCUAUUCUGUGUGUGUUACCACUGCAACAUUUUCUUCUAUGUUUUGUACAAAGUUUUUAUUGAUUAUAUACAUGCUAUCACCUUAUUUUUGUGUUUUGGAUGUGACUGCAGCUUAAAAACACGGGUGUCGCAAAUGAAAUUUUGUUUUUCUAUUGUUUAAUUUGAAUUGUACUAUCAUUAUACUACUUGACGAAAACCUUGUGUUAUCUGUGCAUUUUCGAAACCACUGCAAUUUUGGCUCAAUUUUAGAUAUGAUUGAAAAUUUGAAUGUGAUUGUAACUUUUUCCUGUUCCAGAAGCAAUCUUUGUUUUACAGUUUAAAUGUGAUCUGAACUUGGUCAUGUCUGUUACCAGCUGCCUAACACAGACUGUUAUACUGUGAAUCUUUGUUUUUGACAAUCGCAUGUUGUGUUUUCUUGUCAUUAAUUCAAACAAAUCCUUAUUCUGAAAGUCGUAGGCUUUAUUGUAUGUAAAGGAGCUAAAUUACAUGGAAAAGAGUAGAUAUUACGUAUUGAUUCAUGUUAAUGUGAAUAGGAGUAGAGUACCUUGAGUAACAGUAACAUGAGAUGAAACUAUUAGCUUGCUGCAUUUCAUUCUUGACAUUCCUCUGUUUUAUGCUGUGUGAGUCCUGUCUGCUGCACAUCUAUGGCUCUCUUCUCUGAUCUGACCAUAGAGCAGCACAGUGUGAACUUCUAGGGUUAGACAAUGGGUGACUCUGCUAAUGGCUAAAACAGCACUAUCCUCCCGUGAAUGUCCUUACAAUCUGAAGUUACCGGGCGUCUUACAUGAGACCUGCUAAAGCCAGAGUAUCACUGUAUCCCAGCUCACUUCUGGUACGCUUCAGUGGCACAGCUGCAGCAUCACAGGUGGAUAGUCUAUACAACAGUCAAGGCCUGUUGGUGCCCCCACACGUCUCUUUUGUACAUAGGUGUGCAGGCAUCCUCAGGUCUCCUGUCAGAGUGACAGUCUGACUCCCACACAUUCACUGACAGCGAGAGAACCAGCCCCUAAUUUCUCAUUAUUCUUUCAGAGUUCAAUUGCUGUUCACCUAGACCCAAUUACAUAUUAACCAUUCAGAUGAACAUACAUUUGAUACUCAAUAUCAAAUUACACAUUAUACUUUCAUCUUACCUUUACACAGUGACCCAUUAACCAUUCAGAUCAGCAUUUACAUUGCCCAUUACUCUUUCUGAUCAGCAUUACAACCUAACAACUAGGUUUACUACCAUAUGUGUCCAUAUAACAAAUAUAACAAGAACUGCAUGUAUAGGACAGGACUAUAUUUCACUAUAUAUUUAUUUCUCAGGCUCCAGUGCAUUAGAAUGAUGCAGACAAAUUUAUUAAAAAUGAUGAAUGUGUACCAACUUGUAUGAUUUGUAAAUACAUGACGCUUGUAAAUAUUGCCCUUGCAUGGUCUGGUGAAUGAGGGGCCCUGCGAUUUAAAAUAAGAAAAAGAAAAAUCUGCCUGUGUCUCCAGGAAUUGAUUGUGGGAGGGGUGUGCACUGUGAUUGAUAGUGAAGAGGCUGGCUGUGUUAGUAGAUACAAUUAGUAUUACUGUAAAUAAAAUAUUGUUACAAGAAUUCUGUCUUUUACAUGACAAUUUAAGUCUCCCCUGGAAAGUCAAGUCAAUUGCGUAAUGGGGAUUCUAGGUUACAGAGACAUUAAUUUGGCUAUUAAACCCAGUACUCAUAAUUAUGAAUAUUUUUGAAAAAGAUAGAAAUGUCAAACACUGAACCAAAUAAUUAUUAUUUGGUGAAAUAUUAUCUUUCUUUUUUUACAAAAACUAUUAUUUUCUAAUUGCCCUCAUGAGUUAUAACAAUAGCAACAUAAUGAAACUGUAAUAUGUCAGGAUUUGUGCCUGAAUAUAUACGUACAUAAGAUCUUCCAGGAAAAUUAUUUUAUGAUACAUUUCUGAAUAAAUGUACGACAAAAAAACAAAA